AUGUCGCGCCGCCUGCUCUGCUUCCUCGUGCUGGCCGUGUGCCUCCUCCUGACCGCACAGGUGGCGGAUGCAGGCAAGGCGAAAAAGGCCAAGGGCCGCAAGGCGAAGAAGGCGAAGCAGGCCAAGGCACCCAAGGCGCCCAAGGCGCACAGGUACCCGGCGUAUGGCGCGUUCUACACGGGCUCUGACGCCGCGGGGGGCUACCAGGUGACGGGCCUGAACCCUGGCGGCAGCACGCAGGCGACGGCUACGCACGUCAAGCCGUCCGGCAGCGCGUACAAAGUCAAGUACAUGAAGAAGAAGGGAACUCUUGAGUACAAGGUCAAGGACGGCGUGACGGUGCUGUCCACCACUGCAGGCGCGCACGGCAGCUCGCAGGGCUACGGCGCGGGCGCCGGCAGCGCACACGUCGCAGCCGACCCCCACACGACGUACGGCAACGGGUACUCGACGUCCACGAUCUCGCAGUGGGACGGCAAGGCCAAGGUAAGGGUGUUUCCCGACGGCACGUACGCAGUCAAGUCGAAGGACACCCCGGACGUGCAGACGGCGCACGCUCAGAACCUCGCGACAUGCACCACUGGCUCGACGGACCCGAGCUGCGGUGCGGGCGUCAGCGGGGGCAGCUCGUUGUCGCUGUGGGGCCGCCGCUCGCUGCGGAUGGUGUUCGGGGACCUGUUCGGCAGCUCUGCGUAG